UAUACGCGUUAGUAAUAGUAAUAAAGUAUGACGUAGUUAAUAACUGCGCAAGUACUAUUUUUCAGUUUUUUUGUAAGCGCGGGGGGAUGCGCGCGCUUAAAUUUGCUUUUGAACCCCCACGUGUCAUUGAUCAAACGAUGGAAGCGGUCGCAACCAGAACUCGGAGCGCUCAAAAGCGGAAAGCGCGCUUAAACUGUUCCCACGCGGAAGCGGAAGUGCACACGACUGUCCCCGAGCGGAAACGAAACCGUGCGGAGGCCCCCGCACGGGCACCCAAGCGUCCACGCCGGGAAACUUCCGAUCAAGACGCUCUCGAGCGGAUCGUGGAAGCAGCCUUCAAGGUCCCCGACGACGGCAGCGCGGUAAGCUACCUGCGGAAGGUGCUGUUGCGCUCGGCGUUCGAGAUAGCUCGCCGCGCGGACAUCGCCGAGGCAAAUUACAAGAGAGUGAAGCUGGAGAUCGAGAAGAAGGACGAUGAGCUGAAGAGGGUCCGUCUCCUGCUUACAGCAUCCAAGAAGCAUGUGAGGCGGGCUACGGAAGCCCGGGGGCGUGCGGAAGCGGCGGCACGUCUUGCUGCAUUUACAUAUAAAAUAUACCAAUAAAUUUAUGUUUUCA